AUGAGGACCGCCGGCGUAGACGUAGCAGGGAUGAGAAAAUACGAGUGCGGCGCUUGUUCCACCGAAUACAAGCUGUACCGGGACCUGGUGUGCCACCUGUUCUGGCGCCACGGAACGGAGAGUCAGAGCUGCGGCAAAUGCCCGGUGCGGAGGUGGCAGUACGCGCUCCACAUAUGCAACGUACUGCCGUACGAUGACCUGGUGUACGGCGACGAACCUGACGCCGAUGUGGAGACCGCCACCUACAGCACCAGCUCUAGCUCAAGCUCAGCUCAAGCUCAAGUCAAGUUCAAGCUCAAGCUCAAGCUCAAGCUCGACUCUGACUCUGACUCUGACUCGGAACAGCCGCGGGAAAGUAUUUACUGUUCCUGCGGCAGGGAGGUCCCCGACGCCUACAUGAUCGGGUGCGAUGGUGACCACUGUGCGUACCAGUGGUACCAUUACACCUGCGUAGGUAUAACCGAGGCGCCAGACGGGAAAUGGUUCUGUCCGACGUGCGCCGACCGGUGA